UUUCAUCUGAAAGGUUCUCGUCAUAUGUUAUCUUCCAAUCUGGAAUAAUUUUAUGUCUUCUCUAUCAGCGGUGGGCCCUACAUUCCAACGGUCUAGAUUACUAAACCAUGGACCCCACUUGCCAGAACUGAAGACGCAUGUAUAUUGUGCGAGGAUUGGAGCCUGCGUAUCAUAUAAUUCCUCUUUUCAAAUUACGCAGGGGUGCGUAGAGUGAUUAACGUACGCGCCCUUGCAGCUUCCUCUCUAAUGAACUAUUUCCGUUGCUCUUCUUCAACGGCAUUUAAAUUCCGAAAUUCUCAUCUUUUCAUCAAAUCCGUUAAAAAUCACAUUUUUCCUGCACAUCUGAUCAGAUCAGAUCAUACCCAUUUCUGCAUUUCCUUGAAUUCUUCUCUCCAUUCCAUUUCUAGAAACACCCACAAAGUGUUCGACGAAAGUCCUCAACGAAUUCCUUGGACUCGACUUUCCCGCCAUUCAUCCGAUUCAGUAGAACCAGCGACUUCAUCCUUCUCUGAUUCCUCAUGUUCCUCCUUCGAAUCAAUUUCCAGAAACACCCAAAAACCGUUCAACGAAAUUCCUCAUCAAAGUGCUCAGGCUGAAAAAUCAGCCCAAGUGUUUGAUGAAACGACGGAGAGAAAUGUAAUUUCUUGGACAGCGAAAAUGUCCAGCUUUGCUCGAAGUGGUAGAGAAGAACAGGCUAUCGGGUGCUUCAAAUCCAUGCUUCUACAUGGGGAGAGACCAAACCAUGUGACAUUUCUCAGCACCAUUCAUGCAAUCGGUGCAAUUGGUUCAGAAGAUCUGACGCAUGAAAUUCAUGGGCUCCUGAUUAAAAUUGGGUUCGAAUCAGAACUUUCAGUUGUGACCGCUCUUCUGGGCAUUUAUUCUUUGCACGGAAUAUCAGAUGCUGUCAAGGUGUUUAAUCAUAUACCCGUAAAGGAUUUGAUUCUGUGGAGUGCUAUGGUAGCAGCUUGUUCGAAGAAUGGUCAGUUUGUCAAAGCGAUCGAGACUUUCCGCGAAAUGCAGCAUUUCGGCAUAGAACCAAACAACGUCAGCAUCUUGAGUGUGCUGAAUGCAUGUGCUGACCUAGGCGCCUUAUCAGCUGGCAAACAAAUACAUGGGUUCUCUAUGAGAAAAGAAUUCUCUUUAGACACCAACAUCCAAAACUCACUCGUGGAUAUGUACACGAAAUGCGGAGAGUUAGACACUUCAAUUCUAGUUUUCGACAGGAUCAAGAAGACAGAUUUAGUCUCGUGGAACACCAUGAUUUUCGGGUGUGCAGAAAAUGGGCGUCCAAGGAAAGCAUUGGCUAUGUUUUCCUUGAUGUGGUCUUGUUGCAUUGCACCGGACGAGACCACUGCCCGGAGUGCAUUGUCUGCGUGUUCAAGGAUGGGAGAACUUGUGUUCGGGCUAGGACUGCAUUCCUACAUAUUGAAGGAUGGGCUCUUGAAUUUCAUAUCGGUCGGAACGGCACUGCUAAAGCUGUAUGCAGAUUUCAGCGAGGUGGAGACUGCAAGGACUUUGUUCGACAGGCUCCGCCACAAAGAUGUCAUUGCAUGGAGUGCGAUGGUCUCAGUCUACGCACGGGCGGGGCACCCAGAUCGUGCGGUUGAGAUGUUCAAACAGAUGCAGAUGGCCAAUCAGGAUCCCAAUGAGAUCACAUUGGUUAGCUUGUUGCAAGCAUGCUCUUCAAUGGGAGGUCAAGAGCAUGGAAAAAGCAUUCAUGCCCAUGUACUGAGAGUUGGGUGCUCUUGCAAUGUAUUCAUCACAUCAGCUUUGAUUGAUUUCUACUGCAGGUUUGGGAGGCUAAGACAGGGGAGGGCCCUGUUUGAUCAGGUCCCAAACAGAGAUCUUGUUUGUUGGGGCUCUAUGAUCAACGGCUACGCAAUGAACGGCUGUGGUGAAAUGGCCCUUGAGGCCUUCUCCAAGAUGUUACGAUGCGGGGUGCGGCCCAAUGAUGUUGUGUUCAUAUCCAUCCUAUCAGCUUGCAGUCAUUGUGGCCUAGUGGAUGAAGGGUGGAGAUUGUUUCACUACAUGGAAGGGGAGUAUGGUAUUAAGCCUAGUCUAGUGCAUUAUGCUUGUAUGGUGGAUUUGCUCAGUCGAUGCGGGCGGGUGGCAGAGGCGUUUGAGUUUGUUAAGGGGAUGCCAGUGGAGCCCGAUGUGAGUGUCUGGGGAGCUCUGAUCGGAGGGUGCCGAUCGGGGCAGGACAAUGUUGAGGUGGCUGAGGUGGCAGCCAGGCAGCUUAUUAGAUUGGACCCAGAUAACACUAGCUACUAUGUGAUCUUGUCGAAUGUGUAUGCCGAAUGUGGGCGAUGGGGUGAUGUGGAGAGGCUGAGAAGGAUAGUGAAGGAGAAGAGACUGAGGAAGACUGUGGGCUAUAGCAUGGUUGAAGCAAGUUGAACUGAUCAUACAGCUUGCUGAUGUGAGGAUUACAUACAUGUGGGGCCCAUGGGUAGGUGAUCUGAAUUGAUGAUUUGAUUGAAUCCGCAGUGGAUGUGGGUUGCGUUGGAUAGAUCACGAAUUGCUGUCAGACUAUUUUUCCAGUUUAGUAUGGAUUGUCACAGAAUUUUCCACUCCAAUGGUCUGUUUCUGGGCAAAUUUCAAAGGACUCUAGUUCUAAUCUGGAUCUUUUUCAAGUAAUACAUAUCUGCAGUUUGGCCUAUCAGAUCAGCGAAUUUGAAUCACCAAUCAACUGUCCAAUGGUCAAGGGGGUUGAAAAUUUUCAGUAUGAGAAGAUUUUUCGGUGUCCUCCAUCAACGGUGAGGAUCGUACCCCACAUGCAUCGGUGAACAGUAUUCUUGGUCCCCUGUAUUGAUAUUCAUCAAUGGAAUUCUUUGACUUCUUUUUAUAUCUCUACCAUAUAUAAGAUGAGCUCUUUUGAAUGCUCUUGCCCUUACAAUUGGUCGUGUAAGGCCGAAAACUUUAAAUAUUAAAGGACAUGCAAAAGAUACGGUAAAUGAAGUAAGGGAUAUUUUGGAAAUUGAAAAUUGUUGUUGUCUAACAUACAGUCGGAUUUCACUCAAAGAAGCUUUCAAAUGGUUUAGAUUUUAUUCACAAGUAUGUAUUUUUGUCGUUUCAAUUUAUUGAUUCAAUAGCAACUUGAAUUUAUCA